AAUAAUAAUAAUAAUAAUAAUAAAGUUAUUUACAUUUUCUAAGAAAAAGAAAAGUUUAUAGAAAUUAAUCACAUUUAAUUAUGGUAAUCUAUUGUUAAAAAAAACAUUCAAAUCCAAACUAUUUAUUAUUGAAAACAAAAUUAGAAAAAAAUGGUUGGAACAUCACAAAGCUCUGGUAAACCCGGUGAUUUAAUCUGCCUAUGUAUUGGAGGUCGAUUAUUUGUAACUAGAAGAGCUACACUUUAUCGAUUACCAGACAGUCGACUUUAUUUAAUUGCUACACAAGGAUCAAGUAAUCAAGAGUCGAAUAUAAAUUACACAAAUCAAUUAAAUCUAGGCGAUGAUUUUGUCAAAUCAAUGAAUGAUAAUAAUUCUGAUGUAGCUUCAAAAUAUUUAUCACAAUCACAAACAUCUGGUCGAUUAGUUGGAAAUGGACCAAAUGAUGGUGCUUUAAUUGGUGGAGCAUCAAUUCUUCCUGAUAAUAUAGCAUCAAUGGUUGCAGGAAAUAUGAAUUUACAGUCAGCUUCGUCAAUAUGCCGAAAUCGUGGCUCUGGUUUUACUAAUCCAAUAGUGAAUCCAUCUCACGGAACUGAUUUAUAUCAAUCAUCAUCAAAUAAUCCUGUUUCAUUGUUAUCACCAAAAUCAACUAAUCAGUUUACCCAAUUGUCUAACGCACCUAUAAUGGCAACACCUCCAAUCGUUUACUUUUAUGAUCGUGAUCCAGAAAUAUUUCGUUUCGUAUUAGAUUAUUAUAGAACUGGAGAAUUACAUUUACCAUCAAGUAUAUGUGGUCCAUUUGUACGUAAAGAAUUAAUAUUUUGGGGUAUUGAUGAAGCAUUAAUUGGUCCUUGUUGUAUGCCUGCCUAUAUGAGAUAUGAUGAAGAGAAACGAACAAAAAAUACAUUGUUUCGUGAUUGUUUUGAAGAUAUUGAUUCGAUGCAAAAUCUUGUCAAAUUUUCUAGAGGAUGGAAAAAAUGGCGAUAUAGAAUGUGGUUAUUUAUGGAUCAUCCAUCAUCAUCUUUAGCUGCUAAGAUUUGGGCAUCUGUUCUACUAGUAUUAAUGAUUGCAUCUGUAAUGUGCUAUUGUCUAUCAACACAUGAUGUCUUUCGGACAAAAUCCACUAUUAUGUUAUCUACUGCACUUGAACUAAAUUCAAAUAGUAAUAAUAAUAUUUAUAAUAAUAAUAAUAAUGAAGAGAAUAACUUGAUGACUAAACAAUUUCAUACUGAUCAAAAAACAUCAUAUCCAACUUUUCUAUCUACUACAACCAAUACAUUGAAUACAAUCACAGCUAAAGAUAAACAAUUUAAUACAACAUUUAAUAAUCCAAUAUCUAUUUGUUAUGAUUCAUUAUGGCAUCCAAAUCCUAAAAUACAAAAAGAUUGUUCUACUGAACCAUCGGAAGGAUUAGUUACAUUUGAUAUUUCAUUAAAUUGUUUAUUUACCAUUGAAUUUCUGCUCAAAGUUUUACUUGCACCAGAUAAACCAAAAUUUCUUACAUCUAUUGUAUCAGUAUUUGAUAUGGUGAUAUUAAGUAGUUAUUGGGUAUAUAUGUCAUUAUUUUAUUAUUAUUAUUAUUAUCCUAAAACAACAAUGACAAAUAAUGUUGAAUUAAAAAUUGAACUGAGUGGAUAUUUAUGGCUAUUGAAUAUUUUAUCAAUGACACAAGCAUUACGUAUAUUACGUAUAUUUAAAAUAUCAAAAAUAUCCCGUGGAUUAAGAGUACUUAUAUUGACAGUGAAAAAAAGUAUACCAGAAUUAGUUCUAUUAGGUUUUCUAUUAAUGAAUGGUAUGUUUUUAUUUUCUUCUAUGAUGUAUAUAGCUGAAUAUCGUGUAAAUGAUACAUUUCCUGAUAUACCACAAUCAUUUUGGUGGUCAAUUAUCACUUUAACAGCUGUCGGUUAUGGAGAUAUGCAUCCAAAAGGUGGAGCUGGCUACUUUGUCGGUUCAUUAACCGCUAUAUCUGGUUGUAUUGUUACUGGAUUAGCAAUACCAAUAGUUGGGAAUAAUUUUAAUACAUAUUACAAAUAUAUGAAAAAUCAAUUAAUGGAAGAUAAAUACUUGAAAACAUUACGUAAAGAUAUGGAAGCUACAGGUGGUGUCAGUGGGAAUAAAUCAGGUUUAGGUGUAGCUGCAGAAAAAGGCGGUUUACCAUUGCCAGGUAGAAAACCGCGUAAUAUUAAUCGACGUAUAAUACGUGGUAGUAAAAACAGUAAAAAUGAUACUAUGAAAAGUAGUUUAGUAAAUAUGAUGGAAAUUUGUACACGAUCUAUAAAACGUUUAUUACCAACAGGUUUAGUUAAUAAAAAUAAUUGUAAACCAAUUGGCGUGCCUAAAACUCAAACAACUGAUUCUAUGCAAUUAUUAACAGAAAAUCAAAAACUUCCUAAUGUAUUCACUCGUAAAGCAACUAUACAUGAACUAAAUGAAAGGAAGAAUAGUUAUAAAAAUCAAAAUAAUAUGUCCAGUAAUAAUUUAAUGUCGUGUAAAAAGAAGUUGAGUAAUGAUAAAUUAGAUAUUGAACAUCGACCAAGUUUGAUGUAUCCAUUAGCAACGGAUCAGUUUCUCAAUUCACUUCUACCUUCUCAGUUAUCAUUAAUUCCAACACCUCAAAUAUGGGUAGAUGGUGAAGAGUUUGAUGAUCAGUUGUCAGCUGCAAGUCAUGUGUUUGAUAAUAAUAGUAAUAAUAAUAAUCAUAAUAACAAUAAUAUUAAUACUAUCAAGUCAUCACAAUCAAUUUGUUCUACACCAGGUAUAGAAACUACUGAAACAAUUCAAAAUCAUCCUGAUCAUCAUUAUAUUUAUUCUCGUAUGUCUAUUGUUUCAGAGGAAAUAUUACCUAAUUCUAUACAGAUUUCAUCAGAUAUACCAUGUUGCACAGUGUUGAAUGUUUCCGAUGUAAUACAAAAUGAUGAUAAUAUUAUGUCCAGUGCUGAAGAUGGUGAUGAUGAACAAGAAAAUUCUAGUUGGGAAGUUAAAACAAUGAAAUCAGCAAAUAAAAUUCACAUGAAUUGUGAAAUUAAUACAAUACCACGUAAAUCUCCAUCAUUAACAAUAUCUACACUAAAAAAUAAUAAUAAUGAGGAUAGCAACUAUAGUAAAAAAGAUAAAAAUAAUAAUAACACAGAUAAUAAAAAAAUUAAAAAACCAAUUGCUAAGAGAAUGAAUUAUGUAUAAGUGUGUGAUUCAAUUUAGUCUGUUCAUUAAAUUUAUCUUAAUCUAUCAAUUAAUUACUGACAGUGAAAACAACGUUAUUCAAUAAUUCAACAUUCUUUGAAUACAAAGACUUACAAGUUUUAGGUGACUACUUUACAAAAAUUCACAAUCAUUCAUUGAUGAUCAAUAAAGAAAGCAUAGUUUCAUAGUAAUAAUAAUCUGUAAAUUACAAAUUAAAAAAAAGGUGAUUAUCAUUAUUGUUUUCAUACGAAUGGUUAUUUUGAAUGUAGAUAUUAUUAUUACUACUUUUAACAAUUUUUUUUCUUCUGAUAAAAGUGAUAAAUACUUCAAUAAUCAUUUUC